UGCCCGCCCCCUAACAAAGAUGGUCUGUCUGUGGAGUCUAGUUUUAAUAUCAGCAGUGUUUCAUAGUUACAGCUGUGUGAACGUCGAGUUCGGUCAGACAGUAUCCGAUUCGGGUGACUAUACCAUCCUGGUAAACAAUAAGGCAUGGCUCCAAAGUGCCGCUGUCUUUCUUCGACUCAAUAACGAGACUGUCACCCUGGACAACUCGUCCCUAGUUGUGGAUUCCAUCAACAGAAAUUGUACCCACCAGCAUGAUGACUUCGGGAUGUACAACUGCUCCAGCUUCAGACUAAGGGCAUCAGGAGAUUAUCUUUUCGAUUUAUACUUCAAAGAAUACAGCUUCCCUACCAAGUUCUACAUAUACGAAUUGGUGUAUGUAAACGCUACCCCCUGGACACAGGCCCCAGACUGUCAUCCUCCCCCAUGGCCCCCGGUUCCUGGGUUCGAAACCUGCUAUAAUUCUACAGUUGGGGCGUUCCCAUCGUUUCAAGUUGCACAACAAACUGGAUCUCCACCACUGGGCUAUAUGACGUUUGCUGAUAAAAUGAUGGGCGAUGUCGGAAAAAACUUCGGGCCAUGGGGAUCCACUACACCAAAGAUUGCCGAUGGUAUGUUAAGCGGCCCGCUCGCCAUCUUUGACGAGACUGGAACCACCCUUCUUCUGUCGUCAGCCGAUAACUUCAUGGCGUCAUCAGUUUGGCACCAAGAAUCACCAGGAGGGCGUGUCAACUGGGGUGUGAUGGGCGGUGUUGACUCGAUACCGGCGGGAUACUCCGUCAGAACAAUCCUCGUACCAGCACAGGGAAUAAACACGGCCUUUGAAUACUGGGGACUAAUUUUACGCAGUUGCCACCAACAUGACGGAACAAGACAGAGAAUCUAUUCGGCGGACACCACAAUUAGUCACCUUGGAUACUGGACAGACAAUGGGGCCUUCUACUACUACAACACGGAGGACUCUGAAAACGGACAGAAUAUAACGUACGAGCAGACACUCACAAACGUCAAGACGUAUUCUAGCUUACACAAAAUUCCUUAUCAAUACUUACAGAUAGAUUCGUGGUGGUACUACAAAGGCUUGAUGGACGGUGUCAAAAACUGGUCGUACAGACCGGAAAUAUUUCCAAGGGGCAUCAAAUUCCUAUCGGAGACAACAGGAUGGCCAAUAGCAGCUCACAACAGAUAUUGGUCCCCGGACAAUAUUUACGACAAAUCCAAUGGCGGGAAUUACAAUUUUGUCAAAGAGACAUUACUGUCCAUUCCCGAUGAUCAGAAAUUUUGGAAUGAUUUCCUGUUAAAUGCCAAGCAAUGGGGCCUGAAAAUGUAUGAACAGGACUGGCUGAACAUUCAGACCAUCGGCACGGUUGCCCUUCAGACUGACCUUACGCUUGGUGAGCGAUGGUUACAACAGAUGAAUGACGCGGCUCAGAACCAUAACAUCACUAUACAGUACUGUAUGGCUCUCCCUAGACACGCCCUGCAAAGUCUGAAAAACCCAGCUGUUACACAGGCACGAGUAAGUGAAGAUUACCACCUUGUGGAUGACCAGUGGAAAAUCGGGGUCUCAUCCAUCUUUGCCGACGCGAUGGGACUGGCACCGUACAAGGACACGUUCUGGACAACUAAAACUCAACAGGGAAACUCCCGCUAUCCGGAUAUAACUGAGCCAUACCCAGCCCUCCAGUCACUCGUGUCCACACUGAGCACUGGGCCGGUCGGACCGGGAGAUAAACUCAACGCCACUAACAGAGAAGAUCUGUUGAGAUGCUGCAAUGACGGCGGUUUAAUUUUGAAGCCAUCUCAACCUGCAAAGGCCAUCGAUCGACAGUUAAUCAAGAGAGCUUUCCCAAACACUGUCGGACCUAUCGGGGAGGUAUGGACAACAUACUCCAAGAUCAAACAACAAAACCAGUCUCCCUUUACGUACUUUGGUAUCUUGUUUGCCGCCAACAUGACGUCAGACUACAUUGUCUAUCCCAAUCAGACAGGAUUUCCAUCGGAGAUAUCAUCUGGAGUAGUGUUCUCCUACACCGACGUGUAUAACAUCUCUAAGUUUGACGACAACAACCCACUCCAUCUGACAGGCUGUUCGGACGACACUUUCUGUCUUUAUUACUUCUCCACUGUCUUCUAUAUGAAUGGGACUAAUAUCGGUGUACUGGGCGAGAUCAAUAAGUGGGUACCGAUGUCUCCCCAGCGCGUGAACCUGGUGGUACGAGGGGAGACAACUGUGGAUGUCGUGGUGAUGGGGGAGCCUUACGAGGAACUCGAGAUGUCUUUUCUGAUAAACAGUCGGGUGAUGAACUACGUAUGUCGUCUCGGACCGUCCGGCCAGGCGACAUUUAGCACAUCUGUUGGAGGAUGCACAGAUUAUGUGUCAUCUACUCAUCCGCCAUUCACGUCACAUAGCCCCAACAAGGGGACAUCACUCUCCUUCGAUUUCCGUUUUAGUCUGUUAUUGGUUGUGUGCUAUCUUUUCACUAGAUAUCGUUGAAGAUGGAUCCCGUUGACAUAAUAAGGUUUUUCUGUUAAAGUUUGACAAUCGAAUUCGAAACGAACGAUACAUUUGUCGUUCAAUAACUCUGUCUUGUUUCCGGCAUUGAUGGAUAAUAGUGUGUAUUUUUGAAUUUUAAACAUAAAAACGAUAAUAUGUAUAUAGAUCUAUACCGUAUUUGAUAUUGCCGACAGGAAAAAUAAAUUAAUAAAAACAAUUUCUUUUCCGUCUGUUUUACUGAGUAAGAUUUUUUUUUCAUCUCCGCCUAUUUUAAUAGUGAGGACAAUUGCGCUCCUGUCUAUUCUAAUGGCGAGGACAUUUCAUCUCCGUUAAUUUUGAAGCUGAAGACAUUUCCUCCUUCGUUUAUUAUAACGAUGAGGACAUUUGUACUCCAUCGUUUUCGGCAUAGCCGCAUAAUAUUCUUUUGGCCCCGGUGUGACGGGACAGGUGGCGUUACUGGUCAAGAUGAAGUAUGUGAUUGGUCAAUGUAGCGGUAAAUGCAAAAUGCAGGUAUGCAGUUAAAAACGAACCAAAGUUAAGACUGAAUGCAAGCUGAAUAAGUCGAUGUACCUUUCCAAAUGACAAAUUAAUAAAAUUAUAUUCCUCA